AUGGAGCAUGUGAUAUGCUUUUUAAAGGGGUUAAAUGAUUCUUACAACACUGUUAAAACGCAGAUCCUUUUGAUGGACCCUCUUCCAAAUAUUAAUCGGGUUUUCUCCCUCAUUAUGCAACAAGAGAGACAAGAGAAGCACAACUCUGUUGAUACCAAAGUCCUGGCAAAUGUGACUGACAAAAGCAGUCAAUGGAAAGGCCAAGGAAGGGGUUCUGGAUUUUGUGGUCAAGGAAGAGGAAGAGGUAGAAAUCCUAACUAUGGUAAACAAUGCUCAUAUUGUAACAAAAUGAACCACACUAUAGAUGAGUGCUACUCUAAGCAUGGGUAUCCUCCUUGGUAUAAAAAGGGUGACAACAACCAAGAUAAAAAGGCUGACUGGAAUUCUGUCAAUGCAUGCCAGAACAAGAUUGAAUCGGAAGGAACUCAAAGCACACAGCAAACUGUUAAUGGUAAUAUUUUCAAUUCUUUCACAGUUGAACAGAUGCAAAAGCUUCUCCGAAUGAUGGAUAAAAUCGAUGAGCCUACCCACAAAGUCAAUCAAGUUCAAAGGAAUGAAACUGAGAAUAGAGAAGGUCAUCCUGGAGACAGGGUUCUAAAACAGAUUUGUAAGAAGUUUCCUUAUGUUAAAAUUGACACUAACAUUGUUUGUGAUACUUGCCACUUUGCUAAGCAGCGAAAAUUGUCUUUUGCUAAGAGUGUUUCUGUUACUGCUGAAUCUUUUGAAAUUGUGCAUUGUGAUAUAUAG